AUGACCGAUACUUUUCAUGCUUUGCAGCAAGCCGAGACAGAACUCCAGUUUCUACAGUCGCAAAUAGAGUUUGCACAAGCAGAUUAUCAGCAUUUAUGGAACUUGAUCACCUCCCUGCGCUCGCAACUCGAGCAACACUGUGUGACACCCCUUGCCAUAGGACAGUUUGUAGAGUUUGCAGACGAAGACUACGCGGUGGUACAAGCGUCUACGAACUUCGGUAACUCUCUUGUGCGAAUUAGCAGCUCUGUUGACCGCCUCAAACUGAAGCCGAUGUCUACCCUGGCCCUGGCCAAAAACUCUCUGGCUCUACUGAAGGUUCUCCCGUCGGACAACGAGAUGAAUUCCAAUGUAAUCUCCAUUGAGGCCAAGCCAACGGUCACAUACGCAGAUAUCGGUGGAUAUGACCAAGCAAAGCUGGAACUUCGAGAAGCAGUCGAGUUUCCAUUGAAAUCCCCAGAGCUUUUUGCAGCCCUAAACAUACAGCCUCCGAACGCCGUGCUUCUGCACGGGCCUCCAGGCUGUGCUAAGUCUCUCUUGGUGAAAGCAUGUGCGAACAGCUGUGACUGCACUUUCAUAUCUGUCACCUCCAGCUCAUGCGUGAACAAAUACUUAGGAGAGGGCCCCCGCACCAUCCGUGACAUCUACCGGCUUGCCCGUGAGAAUGCGCCGUCAAUUAUUUUCUUUGACGAGAUUGAUGCCAUAGCCAACAAACGCGGGGACUCGACGACAGAGGGAGACAAGGAGACUGCUCGCAUCCUGAUGGAGUUGCUCACCAAUCUAGAUGGAUUUGACAACGAUUCCAACCUUAAUAACGGCAAGAUUGUUAAGACGAUCUUCGCCACCAACAAGCCCGAGAUGCUCGACCCUGCCCUUCUUCGAACUGGCCGAGCAGACCGGAAGAUUUUCAUGGACUACCCCACGAAGCGGGAUAAGCGAUUGAUCUUCCAGACGUGUUCUAAGGACAUGAAAUUGGCCAACGAUGUAGACUUUGAGAUCUUCGUCAUGCGGGGAGAGAAAAUCUCCGGUGCCGAGAUAGCCUCCAUCUGCACAGAGGCCGGGAUGUCUGCCAUUCGCGCUAAUAGAUACACAGUUAACAUGGCCGACUUUGAGAAAGCAUACUCUAUUGUAGUUUCCAAGAGACAGUCUGCUAAUAGACAGAUCUUUGAGUAA